GUAAAAUGUACAAUUUGAGUGGAUCAUAUACUUCGCCGCAAGAUGAUGUUCUGUCUGAAAGAGUUCCCCCAUCCAGGCAACUUCGUGACAAAAUUCCAGCGCGUUUGGUGCUUUAUUUCCUGUCGUGGUCUGGCUUUCUGGUCUCUUUUAUGAUGCGCAAUGAUAUGAAUUUUGCAUUGGUAGCAAUGAUGUCGAACGACAAUUCAACAAAAAAGCUAUCUGUUAACGAAUCGCAGCAAAUUCUGGGUAGUGGCACUGAUGACCAAAGAACAAUAGUGAAAUCUGUUAUUAUAAGUUCUUUCUAUUGGUGCUAUGUGUUAUCCCAGGUGGUUGGAGGGGUUGCCACAGAAUUGUUUGGAACCAAGUGCGUAUUUGGAUGGUCACAGUUAGCAACAGCUUUAUGUAGUUUUAUGAUGCCGUCAGCCGGACAAUUACAUUACAUAGCUGUUAUUGUGUUACGGUCUAUUCAGGGAUUUGCCUCCGGUUUGACGUGGCCUGCCAUGUAUGCAAUAGUUGGAUAUUGGAUACCCCUUACGGAACGUUCACGUUUUAUGUCAAGCUUUCAAGGUUUUAGCAUUGGUAUUGGUUUAACGUAUCCGUUGUGCGGAUUUAUUUUAUCAGAAUGGGGUUGGCCUUAUAUUUUUUAUACUACUGGUACUUUAGGGCUUGGAUGGUGUAUACUAUGGUAUUUACUUGCUUUUAAUACACCACGCGAGCACCCUCGUAUUGCUGAAGAUGAAUUAAAUUAUAUAGAACUUAACGUAAGAAACGAGGUAAACAGCAAUGUCAAAAUUAAAGUCCCUUGGCUGCAAAUAUUCAAAUCUAUACCUGCUUGGGCAAUUGCUGUAACAACUUUUGGUCGAAUAUUUGUUCAUUACAUUUUUAUUGUUAAUGGUCCGACAUUUAUGGGAAGUGUUUUAAAAUUUAAUUUUGAAACAAAUGGUUUUCUUUCUGGAGUUCCAUUUAUUUGCUCAUAUAUAUCAUCAGUUUUUUUUUGUUAUAUUGCCGACAAAAUUGUAUUGUAUAAGGUUUUAAGUCUUUCUAAUGUAAGAAAAGUAUUUACUGCUCUAUCACAAAUUAUUCCAGGGGUGUUAAUAUACUGUAUCGGUUAUAUAGACAAUGUGUACAUUUUGUUAACGGUAUGGUUUAUAGCGGUGAUAUUUAUUACUGCAUCUUAUGCUGGAGCUAUGGCCAAUAUAAUUGACUUAGCGCCAAAUCAUGGUCAUUCCGCCGCUGUUUUAGCAUUUUGCCAAACAAUUCAUAUGUCUGCGUCCUUUAUAUCUCCACUGACGGCUGGAUUUAUCGUCACACAAGAGUAAAAAAUUUAGGAACUGCUGGCGGAUGCGAGACGUGGCAUCUAGUAUAUAAUGGAUUAUGUAGUACGUAAGUGACACCAGUUUUAAGACUAUUUUUAAGCACCGAAGGAAACCCAAUAAGCAUAAAAAAACAAUCAGGCACACACAGUAGCAGUGAAGAGGCGUCAACGCUCUGUAAUAACGAGAGCCGAAUUGAAGAAACCGCUAAGCGAAAAAAGUCAGAAGGACAGAAGCAGCCGAUUAAGAAAGAGAAUGGCAAGCAGCGUAAAAAACAAUAACGAUUACGAAUGAGGGACUCCGUAUCACUGUGGUUCUGUUCUUCAGUGGUUCGGCUAGACAAAUAAUGACCGCAGGUACGCAAAAUUAUCGGGCCACAUUUAUAAAGGAUUCUAUAGAGGACCCUAUCCUGAAUGAGCUCUAUUUCUGCCCGUAAUUAGCAUCCUUAUAAUUAGUUUUCGAAUGUAUUUGUUAAUUAAAACCAACUGGCUUUAACGUGUUACAUACAUAAAAGAAUAAUGAAAUUCCAUGUACCAAGAAUUACAUUUCUCUUAACGAUUACCCAUGUUAUUUGACUGUUUAAUUAUAAAAAAAAAUAUUUUCCAAAGGCUUUUAAAAAAAUUGAUUUUUCCAUGAUUUGUUAAUAUAAAGUACCUAUCCUCACAACACCGUUAGGCCAGUUAGUUUCUCAGGUGACCAAUAGAAUUGAAAACAACAUAUGUAGAUUUCAUUUUUCUUGAUUCUGUAGGGGUCAACAAAGUAAUUGUGAACGGAAAAAUAAGCGACGAAAUCUAUGUUUUAGUUAAAUUAAUAUAUAAUUAAAAGCGGAUUACUAAUAUCAAUAAUUAUAUUGGUUUUUAUAAACUGAGAGUAUAACAAUGCAGAAAAUAAGAAUAAAAGCGAUACAAGUUUCUUUGGAACCCUAUCCCAAAAGUAAUGAGAUAUUUGUUAGAUAGGACAAACAUUUUUUGGAGAGAUGAACAUUAAUAAGGUUUAAAUUAAAAAAAAAACUUUAAAGAAUCAAUGGUAGGUUUUUCGUAAUUAAUAUAUAAGUUCUACAAUUUUUUAAUAGGUAGCUUGUGGGAAGGUUUGGUUAAACGGCUAGCUUCUCCAAAAAGGUGAGAACACUCGAAGGCCUUAUGGUCCAUUGCAAUACCCGCAGAAAUCAUUGCCUAUUUUCUUUGUGAGAGUCAAACUCUGCGGAACAAGUAGCUAGGCGUUCCAGUUCAAUAAUGUUUUUGCAGAGUUUUAGUUGACCACAAAAAUGAGCAUAGGUCCAGACAGAUUGCCUAGAUAUCCACCAGCUCGGUGUGUUAGUUUAUAAAUAUUCUGGCACCUAUUCCCUCUUCAUUCUUACAUUCACCCGUAAAGAUUUUAAUUGCGUUCUGUAUUUUGUUAUUGUUUGCAUCCUACCAAACAAGCAAAACAUAGGUAAGAAUCGGGCGGACGACACCUGUGUACAACCAGUAAAAGAUGUAAGGUUGCACUCUGGCUCUUCCUUCGAAUUUUCUUUGCAGAUGUAGAAGGCCGCACAUGCUACUCUCGGAGUUCCUUAUCCUUGGAUAACGCCAAGAUAUUUUGCUACCAGCCUAGUUGAACAUUAUAUAAGCCAGGUAGAUUUCCAUCAAGACCCUGACUGUAGAAACUUAUAAUCAGGAAAACUGAGUCAUCCGCGUAGGCCGUACAUCUGCAUGUCAUGCGUACGAGCUUGAUUAGGAGGUCAUUUAGGACGACUCCACAAGAUCGGAGAGAUGAAGGUUUCUUGAGGUAUGCCCGUCCGACCGUUUUCCUGACAUUAGGAAGCAAAUAACAGGAGGCCACGGGUAUUCUAGGUUUCCUAAGCCCCGACAGUCAAUCUCGUUUGUCGAGUGGCUGUGGAAAUAUCAGGAACAGUUGGCGCUAGCGAGGAAAUAAAACCAAUAAAAAUGGGAAAAAGCUAGUACUUUUUGCGGUUUUUGGGCUUACGAUUUUGCAUGAACAAAUUGGUUUGAAAUGAAACUAGCAAGACAAAUAAUAAAAUAAAAUGAAAGUGUGGGCCUCACAGUUUUGGGCGUUUCGUAGUCGUUAUUCAUAAAUUGAUUUAUACUUUAUACGGUCGGAAGCGUCUUCCUCUACUUGUUUCCUACACGUCAACGAAUCUUGCGAGUAACUGCGAGUUUUCACUGUUCAUAAUGAUUAAUAAAAUUAAAUGUUACCGACAUUUUUUUAUGGGAAAAAUUAGUAACUCCACUAAGUCGCUAAGUCGGUUCUAAUAAGUACAGAAACAUUUGUACCCUUUUUAUAAGAAAUAAAAUUUAAAUUUAUUUCUAAAAUAAUUCAAAAACGCACGAAAUUGUUAUAGACUUUUUCUUUCGUACCAGCUUUCAAAAGCCAUUUUUGAAUAUAAUUUUUUGUGAACAGCGAUACUAGAUUAGCCUAAAACUCACUGGAGUGCAUUAUAUUUCAAUAGUCGGACGCUGACAGUGUUUCGAUUAAAAGAAACAACAAAAAAUGUAUGCUUUACAUUCCCAUGUGGAGGAUAUAUCGAUUUUAGUCAAUUUACAAAGAGGUAAAAAAGACAUUUUGGAGCAUAUAAAGUACACGUAUAUUUUUGUUCAGUAUCAACAGUUUCUACUUAAAGCUCCGAGUAGUCUUCUUUGCUAAAAUAUUCUUUCUAUAUAUAUGUAUAGUCCAUAUGUAGGCCGAAACCCUUGUGGAAUAAUAAAAAAUAAAAAAAAUAAACAAAAUGUACCAUCGUGAAUUUCGACUGGUUGUUUUUUUAGUCAUAUCGAGUCUAAAAAAUGGAAAGAAAAUGGUUGAAAUGGUCCUUUUUCCUAUUUUCAUUUUGUGUCCAUUAACAUUCAUUUAUUCUCCUAUGUAUACUUGUUUGUAGUAUGCUUUAAAAAGAUAGUUAAAGGGACUUUUUAGAACCGUGGUAUUUUUUUAACAUAUCUUUGCAAUGUACUUAUUGUCAGCGUCGUAAAAUUCGUGUGCUUCCUUUCUGAUUUCUUAUUUAAAUUAAUUUAUUAUUUUUCUUUAUUUUAGGACUCUAUUGAUCAAUGGCGAAGAGUGUUUGAGGUGUCCGCAAUUAUUUCAAUACUGACGUAUCUAAUCUAUCAAUUUUUCGGGACUGCAGAAAUACAGACGUGGAAUAAAGGGCUACCAGUAGAUGAUGAU